UCUUGGCGUCAUUUGGGACUUUGCUGGAGCAAGAGCGAGAAGUUAGAGCUCUAUGGAGCGUGGAUAUUUUGGGGUGGUUUAAAAAAAGAAAAUACAACAACAACAGGAAAGUACCAUGAAGGAUAAAAAAAAGUCGAGGAUUCGUGAAAAGGAGAGCUGAUGGUUGAGUGAGAUUGAUCUCGAGGAAAAGUUUGGAGCUUUUUUUUAUUUAUAUAUAAAGGACCAUGGAAGGGACCGUGUGUCUCCUUCUGCUUCUGUCGCUGUCUCUCGCAGAAUGUUUCGACCUGCACCUUUCAGACACUUUACACCCAGGAUCCGUUCUGCUGGAUUUAUCACUCGGACCGGGUUGGACUUAUACACUUGAUCAGACUUUGACUUCUAAAGCGUUAGAAAACGCUGUCCAAGUGGACCGGCAUGACGGAGCGCUCCGUCUCGUGCGCCCUGUGAACUGCACGCGCCUGGCGCAGAGCAACCCGGUCUCCCUGAGGUUCAGGAUCUUCUCGGUAAGCACUCACGAUUUGGUGUUUGCUCACGUCAACGUGUUCGUUCACGGCCAGGACUGCUUUAUCAAAUACAGACGGAAGAGAGUCUGGAACGAGCCUGACGUUCACAUUGAUCACCAUUACAGCCUUAAGACUUCCUGCUUGUCCUCGGGUGUCCGGCUCGUGAAUCUCGAGGACAGUGUCCCUGCCUUCACGCGGCGUCACGCCCGGGAGUUUUCGGAGCACUCGUGCGUCUCAGAGGGCUUGAACGCGUUUGCGCGUGAUGGCAGCGUUUACGCUCGGGGGGAAAUCUGCUUGGAACAGACGACACAUGGGACAGUAACGUGCGCGCUACGCGGCUCUCCGGUCUCGGUGCGCGUGAGGCUGAUCUUGGAGAGGACACCGGGAGCGCGUGCUGAGCACGGAGCUCAGGAAUGGAGGCUGCGCAGGAGGAGAAGUGUGAAUUCAGCUCCUGUCUUCCAGCUGCCCAACUACCAAGUGUCCGUCCCGGAGAACGAGCCACCGGGCACGAGGGUCAUCACACUCAAAGCUGCAGACGCAGACAGUGGAGAAGCUGGUAGGAUCGAGUACAGCAUGGAGGCUUUGUUUGAUAGCCGCUCCAACGAUUUCUUAAGGAUCGACCCUCAGACAGGUGACAUUGAAACCGAGCGACCUUUGGACAGAGAGUUCAAGGACACCCAUGUGUUUAAAGUGACUGCCACGGACUUUGGCACACCUCGGCGUUCUGCUACAUCUUACCUCACCGUCACGGUCCGAGACACCAAUGACCACGGGCCUGUUUUUGAGCAAACGGAAUACAGGGUCAGCAUUCGAGAGAACGUCGAAGUUGGCUUUGAGGUGAUGACGAUAAGGGCCACGGAUGAAGAUGCGCCUUCCAACGCCAACAUGAUCUAUAAAAUUGUGAACGCCGAUGGUGUAAACUCGAUUUUCGAGAUUGACCCCAAGAACGGACUCGUGAAGGUCCGAGUCCGUCCAGACCGAGAGACGUUAGCACAAUAUAUGCUUAUCGUAGAGGCAAAUGACCAAGGAAAGGACCCAGGACCUCGCAGUGCAACAGCUACCGUUCAUAUAACUGUAGAAGAUGAGAAUGACAACUAUCCUCAGUUUAGUGAGAAGAGAUAUGUAGUCCAGGUGCCUGAGAAUGUGCCUGUCAACACUCGGGUGGCUCAGGUGGAAGCCACGGACAAAGACGAGGGCAACAAUGCCAAAGUUCAUUACAGUAUAAUCAAAGGCAAUGUGAAAGGCCAGUUUUACAUUCACUCUCUGACUGGUGUCAUCGAUGUUAUAAACCCCCUGGAUUAUGAAACGCAUCGGGAAUAUAGUCUCGGAAUUAAGGCCCAGGAUGGAGGCAGACCCCCUCUUAUUAACAGCACCGGACUGGUCAGUGUGCAAGUAAUUGAUAUUAACGACAAUGCACCCAUGUUUGUAAGCACUCCUUUCCAAGCGACCAUUUUGGAGAAUGUACCCAUUGGGUAUUCAGUCAUUCAUAUCCAGGCCAUUGACUCAGAUUCUGGUGAGAACGCCCGCCUGGAUUAUUGUCUCACAGAUACUUCUCCUGAUUUCCCCUUCACCAUCAACAAUAGCACAGGCUGGAUUACAGCCAGUUCUGCUCUGGACAGAGAAACCACAGAAUAUUACACCUUUGGUGUGGAAGCCAGAGACAACGGGAUUCCUGUGAUGUCCUCGUCUGCUAGCGUUAGUAUAACAGUGCUGGACGUGAACGACAACGCACCUACCUUUACUGAGAAGAUUUACUCCCUGAAAAUGAAUGAAGAUGCUGUGGUGGGGAGCAGUGUGCUGACCGUGACAGCUGUGGACCGGGACAUCAAUAGUGUGGUGACCUACCAGAUAUCCAGUGGUAACACUCGGAACAGGUUUGCUAUCACCAGUCAAAGCGGCGGCGGCCUCGUCACGCUAGCAUUGCCUUUGGAUUACAAGCAGGAGCGACAGUAUGUUCUGACUAUUACCGCUUCAGAUGGCACUCUGUACGACACAGCACAGGUCUUUAUUAACGUCACCGACGCCAACACGCACCGACCCGUGUUUCAGAGCGCCAACUACCAUAUAAUGUUGAGUGAGGACAAGCCUAUUGGGUCCACCGUAGUGGUAAUCAGUGCAACAGACGAAGACACGGGUGAGAACGCACGUAUAACAUACAUCAUGGAAGACAAAGUGCCGCAGUUUGCGAUCGACCCAGACACUGGUGCAAUUACCACAAUGAUGGAGAUUGAUUUUGAAGACCAGCCCUCCUAUACACUGGUUAUCAUUGCUCAUGACAACGGCAUACCCCAGAAAUCAGACACCACUUACGUGGAGAUCAUGGUGGAGGAUGCCAACGACAACAUCCCUCAGUUUAACCGAGAAAAGUACCAGGGCACAGUUUUCGAAGAUGCACCUAAGCGCACCAGCGUCCUCCAGAUCUCUGCCUCGGACAGGGAUUCAGGACACAACGGCUGGGUAAUCUACACCUUCCAAGGUGGCGAUGAUGGAGACGGAGAUUUCUAUAUCGAACAGUCUUCCGGAAUCAUCCGAACAAACCGGAAGCUGGAUAGAGAAAACAUUCCAGUUUACAACCUAAAAGCCUAUGCGAUAGAUAGAGGAAUUCCUCCCCUCAAAGCAGCAGUGGAGAUCCAGGUGUCAGUGCUGGACAUUAACGACAACGCGCCAGUGUUUGUCAAGGAUGAGUUUUAUAUCGAAGUCAAAGAGAACAGCCCUAUCGAUUCCGUGGUGGCACGGAUAACCGCCAUAGACCCAGAUGAAGGAACGAACGCUCAGAUCAUGUACCAAAUAGUGGAGGGAAACGUCCCUGAAGUAUUCGAAUUGGAUAUUUUUACUGGAGAUCUAAAAGCACUCACGGAUUUAGACUACGAGACAAGGACAGAGUAUGUGAUCGUAGUACAGGCCACGUCCGCCCCGCUGGUCAGCAGGGCGACUGUCCACGUCCGUUUGGUUGAUGUCAACGACAAUGAGCCUGUCCUGCAGAAUUUUGAGAUCAUCUUUAAUAAUUACAUCACUAAUAAAUCCAACAGUUUUCCUACCGGGGUUAUAGGAAAGGUACCAGCUCAUGACCCGGAUGUGUCCGAUAAACUUAAAUAUAGCUUCAUGGAAGGGAACGAAUUAAGUUUGCUCAUUCUAAAUCCAGACACCGGAGAGCUAAAACUCAGCCGAGCCCUGGACAAUAACAGACCACUGGAGGCCACCAUGAAAGUAUCUGUCACAGAUGGACUCCACCAAGUAACAGCGCUCUGCACCCUCCGUGUGACCAUCAUCACAGACGACAUGCUGACCAACAGUAUCACAGUGCGCUUGGAGAACAUGUCCCAGGAACGCUUUUUGUCGCCACUACUGGGCCUGUUCACCAAGGGCGUGGCCGCCAUUCUCUCAACCACACGCGACGGUGUCUUCAUCUUCAAUGUGCAAAAUGACAGCGAUGUCGGUGGCAGAAUUCUCAAUGUAACCUUCUCUGCCUUGCUUCCCGGUGGCACCCCUGGCCGCUACUUUCCUUCGGAGGAGCUUCAGGAGCAGAUCUACCUGAACCGCACUCUGCUGCGCCACAUCUCCAGCCAGAGCGUGCUGCCCUUUGAUGACAACAUCUGCCUGCGCGAACCCUGUGAGAACUACAUGAAGUGCGUAUCCGUGCUGAAGUUCGACAGCUCGCCACCGUUCAUCGCCUCCGACACCAUGCUGUUUCGACCCAUCCACCCAAUCAAUGGGCUGCGAUGUCGCUGCCCACCUGGUUUCACGGGUGAUUACUGCGAGACAGAGAUCGACUUGUGUUAUUCAGGACCAUGUCGUAACAAUGGCCGAUGCAGGAGUCGAGAGGGUGGUUACACUUGUGAGUGUCUGGAGGACUUUACAGGUGAGCACUGUGAGGUAAACGCCCGCUCGGGCCGCUGCGUCCCAGGUGUAUGUAAGAAUGGAGGAAAGUGUGUGGACCUGCUGGUAGGAGGCUUCAUCUGCCAGUGUCCAUCCGGCGAGUAUGAGAAACCCUACUGUGAGAUGACCACACGCAAUUUCCCAGGACAGUCCUUUAUCACCUUUCGCGGCCUUAGACAGAGGUUCCACUUCACCAUCUCUUUUAUGUUUGCUACACGAGAGAUAAACGCCCUGCUUCUUUACAACGGACGCUUUAACGAGAAGCACGACUUCAUCGCCGUGGAGAUUAUCGAGGAGCAGAUCCAGCUCACUUUCUCAGCAGGAGAGUCUAAAACUACUGUGGCACCCUUUGUACCGGGUGGUGUUAGCGAUGGCCAGUGGCACUCUGUUCAACUUCACUACUACAACAAGGACAGCCUGCACCUGCUGGACGCCAGUGGGGUGCUGCGUGUCCCGCUCUAUACAGCCUGGCUGGAGCUCACCCAUAAGGAGCCAAACAUUGGGCGCCUGGGUGUCCCGAAUGGUCCUUCGGGGGAGAAGGUGGCAGUGGUGGCUGUGGAUGACUGUGAUAUUGCCAUGGCAGUGCGCUUCGGAACUCAAAUCGGGAACUACACGUGCGCGGCACAGGGCACACAAUCAGGCCAAAAGAAAUCGCUGGACCUGACUGGCCCUCUGCUGCUGGGUGGUGUCCCCAACUUGCCAGAGGAUUUCCCAGUGAGAAACAGAGACUUUGUGGGCUGCAUGAGGAACCUAACCAUCGAUAGCAAGCCCAUGGACAUGGCCAGCUUCAUCGCCAACAACGGCACCACAGCAGGCUGUCCUGCAAAGAGGAACUUUUGCAACGAUGGCCUGUGUCAGUAUGGAGGUCAGUGUGAGAACAAGUGGAACACGUAUUCCUGUGAUUGUCCUAUUGGCCGCGGAGGCAAGAACUGUGAACAAGUGAUGCCCUCUCCACAAUACUUUGAUGGACAGGCCAUGAUGUCAUGGAGUGAUCACGAUAUCACUGUAGCUGUGCCCUGGUACAUCGGCUUGAUGUUCCGAACAAGGCAGAGCAGCACCACUGCCACCUUGAUGCAGGCUAAUGCUGGCUCUGCUUCCCAAAUCAACCUGCAAGUGGUGAACAGACAGGUGCAGAUGGAGGUGCUGCUAGGGGAGAAGCGCAUGGCGCUGCUCGAGUUUCCCGAGGUCAGGGUGAAUGACGGAGAAUGGCACCACCUUCUCGUAGAGAUCACUAGCAGCAAAGAAGGCAAAGACACCAAAUACAUGGCUCAAGUGUCUCUUGAUUAUGAUAUGUUUAAGAGGUCAAUUGAAAUCGGAAACGAGCUCCCUGGACUGAAGAUAAAGAGUCUGUAUAUUGGGGGCCUUCAGGGGGAGAACAACAAUGUCCUACAGGGCUUUCAGGGCUGCAUACAGGGUGUGAGGAUGGGCGAGACCUCGACCAACAUCGGCAACAUAAACAUGCAGCAAGGUCUCAAGAUCCGCGUUGAGGAGGGCUGUGACCUGGCCGACCCUUGUGACUCUAACAUCUGCCCUAAGAACAGCUUCUGCAUGGACGAGUGGAACGCUCACACUUGUGUUUGUGAGCCAGGCUUUUUCGGGAAAGAUUGCCUAGACGCUUGCAUGCUAAACCCAUGUGAGCACGUGUCCACCUGUAUGCAGAAGCCCAGCUCGUCUCACGGCUACACGUGCGAGUGCGGUCAGAACUACUACGGCCAGUACUGUGAGAACAAGAUGGAGAAACCAUGUCCCAAAGGCUGGUGGGGAAGCCCUGUGUGUGGCCCCUGCAACUGUGAUGUUAGCAAAGGUUUUAACCCAGACUGCAACAAGACCACAGGAGAGUGUCGCUGCAAGGAUAAUUAUUACAGCCCCAAAGACAGCGAUUCCUGUUACCCGUGUGACUGCUUUUUUCCGGGCGCUAGCUCCCGAACCUGUGAUCCUCAGACCGGCCAGUGUCCGUGCAAGGCUGGUGUGAUUGGCCGAGAGUGCAACCGAUGUGAUAACCCCUUUGCAGAAGUGACUAACACUGGCUGUGAGGUCGUUUAUGAUGUCUGCCCCAAGGCAUUCAAUGCUGGAAUCUGGUGGCCAAGAACCAGUUUUGGUCGUCCAGUUGCUAUGAACUGCCCCAAAGGAUCUAUAGGCACCGCUGUGAGACACUGCAAUGAUGAAAAAGGCUGGUUGCCUCCUGAGCUCUUCAACUGCACCACCAUUGCCUUCUCCCAGCUCAAGAAACUGAAUGACGAGAUGAAUCGAAACGAGUCCAGAAUGGAUGGACAAAAGUCUAAGGACAUUGCGUUCAUGCUCCAGAAUGCUACCAGUCAGACCAAAUCUUUUUAUGGCAAUGAUGUGAAAACGGCCUUUCAGCUAAUCUCCCGUAUUCUGCAGUACGAAAGCCAGCAGGAAGGCUUUGACCUUGCAGCUAUGCGUGACGCCGACUUCAACGAGAACAUUGUAAAGGCAGGCAGUGCCAUCCUGGACCCCAGCAAUAAGAAGCACUGGGAUCACAUCCAGAGGACAGACGGUGGGACGGCACACCUACUUAGUAAUUUUGAGGAUUACACCAACACUGUGGCUCGCAACAUGAGGAAGACUUAUUUGAAACCAUUCAUCAUCGUAACGGACAAUAUGAUUAUGGCGGUGGAUUAUCUGGACUUUUCCACUCCAGAUCCUAUCAAGAUGCCUCCUUUCCAAAAAAUUAAAGAGGAAUAUCCCAAAGACCUGCAGUCCACAGUCCUGUUUCCAGAGUUUAGCAUCAAAUCCAAUCAGAACAAGGUCGUUCCAACAGACGAGCCAGCGUCUCAAACUCGGUCAGCUGAGGAAGACCAUACCCAGAAGGAGAGGAGGAAAAGAGAAGCCGAAGGUCCUUCUCAUCACCCUGUGGCUGCUGUUAUCGUGUACCGGACACUGGGGCAGCUUCUGCCUGAGCGCUAUGACCCUGAUCGACGCAGCCUCAGGCUUCCCAAUCGGCCCAUCAUCAACACGCCUAUUGUCAGCGCUACAGUGCACAAUGAAGGCCAACCCCUGUCCAUGCCACUGGAGCAGCCCAUCACACUCGAUUACAUUCUAAUGGAGACAGAGGAAAGGUCCAAGCCUGUGUGUGUGUUUUGGAAUCACUCCAUUGCGAUUGGAGACACGGGAGGUUGGUCCGCUAAGGGCUGUGAGCUCACCCUCAGAAACAAAACCCACAUCAGUUGCCAGUGCAACCAUAUGACCAGCUUUGCUGUACUCAUGGACAUGUCCAAAAGAGAGCACGGAGAUGUGUUGCCACUGAAGAUAGUCACAUAUACUACAGUUUCUGCCUCUUUGCUGGCUUUGUUGAUCACCUUCAUAUUACUGGCGAUCCUGCGAAAGCUCCGCUCCAACCUGCACAGCAUCCACAAGAACCUCGUGGCGGCGCUCUUCUUCUCCGAGCUUGUCUUUCUCAUUGGCAUUAACCAGACGGACAACCCGUUUGUGUGUACCGUGAUUGCAAUCCUGCUGCACUUUUUCUACAUGUGCACAUUCGCCUGGAUGUUUGUGGAAGGCCUGCACAUUUACCGCAUGCUCACAGAGAUGCGCAACAUCAACUACGGCCACAUGCGAUUUUACUACGCCAUUGGGUGGGGCAUCCCUGCUAUUAUCACAGGUCUAGCUGUUGGGUUAGAUCCACAGGGCUACGGUAAUCCAGAUUUUUGUUGGCUCUCGGUCCACGACACCCUGAUCUGGAGCUUCGCCGGGCCCAUUGCCGUCGUUGUGCUGGUGAACAUUGUAAUCUUUAUAAUGGCAGCCAAGGCAUCAUGCGGACGCAGACGCAGAAGUUUCGAGAAGUCUGGAGCCAUUCCUGCAUUGCGGAUGGCCUUCCUGCUCUUACUGCUCAUCAGUGCUACCUGGCUGUUGGGACUCAUGGCUGUUAAUAGUGAUGUGAUGCUCUUUCACUACCUGUUUGCUGUUUUCAGCUGCUUACAGGGAAUUUUGAUUUUCCUUUUCCACUGUGUGCUAAGUAAAGAAGUCAGGAAGAAUCUGAAGCUGGUGUUCACAGGGAAGAAGCCAGUGCCAGAUGAGUCAACUACGACACGUGCUUCCCUGCUGACUCGCUCUCUAAACUGCAACAACACAUACACAGAAGACGGCACAAUCUUCCGUUCAGCUAUUGGAGAGUCCACCGUGUCCCUGGACAGCACCAUCAGGUCAGCCAAGAGCCACAGCGGCUUCCUCGCUUACCCUUUCAGAGAUGACCAGAAGCCCAGUGUCUCCUCAGGAACAGCUAAAGCUGGACACACAGACAUCGAUGGAUCGCUGUUCCAUCGCAACGGCACUAAGGCUGACGACUCGGAUUCAGACAGCGAGCUUUCUGCUGAUGAGCACAGCAGCUCCUACGCCUCAUCGCACUCGUCCGAUAGUGAUGAUGAUGAUGAUGAAGUCCACAUGAAGCCGAAGUGGAACAAUGAGCGACAGCCGUUACACAGCACUCCAAAAGUAGACUCAGUGUCUAAUCACAUGAAGCCAUACUGGCCUGCUGAGGCCACAACAGCAAGUGACAGUGAGGAGGCAGCAGGGGCAGAGAGACUGAGGGUGGAGACUAAAGUGAAUGUAGAGCUCCACCAGGAGAACAAGCUGAACCACAUAGGAGAACCACCACAGGAUAAGGACUCCUCCAGCAAAGAUGGAGGAACACCCAACCAGACAAACAGCAACCACCAGCCAGAACAGCGGAAAGGAAUUCUGAAGAACAAGAUCACAUAUCCUCCACCGCUCACAGACAAGAACAUGAAGAACAAACUGAGAGAGAAACUUUCAGACUACAACCCUCGUACCAUCUCAUCACACACACCGUCUGUGACUUCCGAAGGAGUAAACAGUCACAACGUUCUCAUCAAACCUCCUCACCGUGUCCUGCCCCCCAGAGAGCAGCAGAACGGAAUGGUUCUGAACAUCAACGGAGGCAACCAGUCAGACUCGGAAGGCAGUAACGAAACCUCAAUCUGACCCAGCAGGAAGCCAGAGGAGUCUCUCUCUGCGUAAGGGCAGCUGUCCCCAUAAUAUAGAAGAGAGGUGGAGAAAAGGAUGAACGGUGUAAUUGAUAAACAUUUCAUGGACCUCCUGGCCUCUCCUUCAUGACCUCUUUGACUACACUCCAGUGGAGAACAGUAUUAAUGCAGACUUUUGGCCUGCAUGGGACAGAAAGAUAAAUGAAAAAAAGGAACUGUAUGAGACUGUGCUUGAGGGGGAUACGCCCUGUGCCAAACUGCUGCAACAAGUGGAAACUACAUCACUAGAAUGCCGAGCUGUGUGUUACAAGUGAGCUGCAGAACGUGAUAAAGGAUGAUAUCACUAGUACUUAUAAAAAAUGAACUGAAUGAAUGGGGGAAAAAAACUUCACUUGAGUCACAUGGGGCCUGUGUGGGACAUUUAAUUGAUGCAAAUAUGAACUGAAUUUUUCACCAAGUGCCCAAGUCCAUAUGUCUGUCCUCCGAGAGGAGUUUUUUUUUGUUGUUCAUUUUGUUUUUUGUAAUUAUGUAGAUACUGGUGAAAUGAAUUAUUUUGUAUAUGGACUGUUUCUUGUGAAUUUUCAGGCACAUUUUUAUAAUUUUUUAAGAUAAAUUUCUUUCGAUGCUGUGCAAAAUCACAAAGUUGUGAUUUAUACUCAGUUCAAGUUAACAAAGUUAACGUUUGGGCCACUCCAGUGCCUUAGAGUACACAAGAUUACUCGCUUGAUUUAGCCAUCCACUGGUGCACACUUCCCUGAAAACAGACGCAAGAUAUGAUAUUUUUUUAUAAAAGAGUAAAUUAUGAAAUGUGAAGAGUUAGCUCUGUGAUUUCUUCAAAACGAAAAAUGAAUGUGUUUGCCACGAUUUUAUGAAAUCUUUUUAAUUAACAUGAGAGGACUGCAAUAUUCGAAAACACCGUGCUCUUAGUGCUGUCAUUCUGUUUCUCUUUCUGUCAUAACCACUGCAGUGUUUGAAGCAGUUAAAAUUGUUGUUUGUGUUUUCGUACUUUUCCAUAAGACACUGGAAAUUUUGUAAAAUAUGUAUAUUUAUUUUGUAUGGUUUCGAGACACUGGACAAUAAUUGCAGCUAUAAAAUUAAAACAUAUUUGGAAUUUUC